AUGAACACGGGGAAUAUGCACCUGUUUGAUGCAGAUGGACGCAUGAAGAAAUACGACAGCCCUGAAGAGAUUAUCGAAGACUUCUAUGGCAUUCGUCUGGGGUACUACUUGCAGAGGAAGGAGCACCAGCUGGCACAGCUGAGGCACGAGCUGUUGCGGCUGGACAACCGCGCUCGGUUUGUGCGGGCGGUGAUUCAGGGCGAUGUGGUCAUCACCAACAGGAAGCAGGCAGAUAUCGUGGCACAGCUCAAGGCCCGUGGCUUCACCCCUCUCCCCAAGGGCCACGCUGCCGCCCCUGUGGUGGUUGGUGACGUGGACCCAGGCAGCACUGACGUCAGCGCGGAUGGGGAUGACGUGGAGAUGGACGACGUGGAAGCAACAGCAGGGCAAAACCUGACGUGGGAACGGGUGGAACAGUUGGAGAGGGAAAGGAAAGGCAAGGAGGAGGAGGUGGUGGUCCUUGAGGCCACGUCGCCCCUGCAGCUGUGGGAGAGGGACCUGGAUUUGUUCCUAGAGACUCUUGAGGAGGUGGAGGCAGAAAUGGCUGAGGAGGAGAGGGAGAGGGAGCGGUCUGCCAAUCAGCACAAGGCACGUGGCAGGAAUACAGCAGGGAGGAAGGGCGGCAAGCAGCAGGCAGGGGGAGCAAGCAGGGGGAAGAAGGCAGGAGUAACCGGGGGCGGGGAAGGAGGAGGGGGCAGGGGGAAGGCAAAGGCGGCAGUGGGAGAAACAGGGAUCGGAGAUGGGGGAAGGCAGGGAGGGGACAGGGCGCAGGGUGGCAAGGGCAGGGCUGCAGCGCCUAUGGAUAUGCCAACCCCAAGGCAAUCCACUCCCCGCCACUCCUCCCGCCUCACCCGCACCCAAGCAGCUGCUGCUGCUCCUGAUGCUGCCUCUCCCCAGCAGUCGAAGGAACAUGCGGGCACAGAUGCACAGGGACGUGCAGACACACCGGCAGAGAGUGAUGCAGAGAUGUCAGGAGGGCAGGGAGGAGGAGAGCAAGAGCAAGAGGAUGUGGAUGUGAAUCCGUCACCGCCGUUCCCACCGCCAUCGCCAGCAGCAGCAGCCGGCAUGAGAGAGUCGCCUCCUGUGAUUGAAAUGACAUCGUCGGAGGAAGAGGGUGGCGGGGGUUUUGGCUUGCAGGCAGGUGUGGGGCUGCGAUUGGGUGACUCGGUUUCAGAUGCAGGAGACACGAGCAACACGAGCAGUGGCAACGCACGCAAUGGCGACGCUAGCAAUGGCUCCAACAGUCCGAGUGCUGCCUCUGACCCGUACUCUCUCCACUCAUCUCCCUCCGCAUCCCCACCGCUCUCCACCCCUCUCCACGCCUCUUCCACCCCCAACCCCCCCACAAACACAGCCACGCCUCAUCAUGCUGCAAAGCAUGAGGGAGGGGAGGAAGAGAAAUUGGAGGAUCUGAACUGA